AUGUGUCGUGGAGAUGCCAACGAGUGGCACGCAUCUACCGCUGGAGCCCUUGCAGUUUGGGGCGUGUGUCGUCUUGGACCUUCUGAACUUUGGAAUGCGGAUGAUCUCAACAACUGGAGCCUUUACAGUUCCGCCAUUCUCUUUGAGUUCUACGAACUUUACAACACGAAUAAAUCCAUUUCAAUUAGACUUUGGUUGUUUAAAGUGAUAAGCACCGACGUUUACCGAAACGAGGGCAGUUAUGAGUGGUGCUGGAAUAACUAUAUGCACGAGAUGAGUGGAUUUUCGAAGUCCACUUAA